CAACUUACUAUAGACAGACCCACCACCCACGACAGCAGCUGAUGCAUGGUAAUAUCAGCGGCGUAUUUACUUUUUUAUUGUAAUAAUAAUAUUGAAAAAAAAACAUUGUCGAGAUAACAGUAAACAAAGUUUACAAAUUACAGGAUAGUGGAAUACAGGUUUAAGAUUUGCACUUUGCAGCUGGAUACUGACAAGUGACAACUGACUAUAUAGACAGUUGCGAGGUAGAGACGCAAUAUUAUAUAAUACGAUAAUUGUAUGUUAAUACUCAGUGUGCAUUCAAUAUUACAAUACGAUUGUUAAUUGUCGUGUUUACGUCCGUUUGUUAUUCGCAUACGACGAGUCACGAGCGCUAUAAAACAAUAUUAUGUCAUAAAUAUAUCUACAUACGUAUUGUAUAUCAUAAUGUACCCAUAUUAUUAAAAUAUUAUAUCAAGACUGGAAAUUUCCGUACCGCUGAUCGUUGCCCCACUCCGGCCAAGACAUUAAGGGUCCGCCACCUACUUGACUGCCUACGCUCGCGUAUUCCAUUUCAGACUUAAAAUAUAGUCAUAGUUCAUAGUCGUCGGUUCGUGGUUGUGGUCUCCGUCGUGUGUUUCGUGCAGUGCGGACAUCGUCGUCAAUGGCAUUUCGAGAAGCUGUUGUGCACACGUCUCGUCGUCUCGUGUUAGUCCACCGAGAAUCACGAAGACAAUAUUAAUACGAUAUUUUCGUAUUACAUUGAAACUUGCAGGUGACUGUCUACCGGCUUCGGUGCAAUGUCCGUCACCGUACAGCAGAUAUUGUCCGACGCCAAGCGAUUGGCGUCCAAACUCAAAGAACACGACACAGCAGCCGACGCGUUGUUGUCCCAAGCCCAGUUCGUCUACAAGAAGAUCGACGCUAUGAAACAAUAUACAGACGAUUUGUCGGAACUCAACGACAUGGAAGAAGGAGGUCUACCACAUGAAGAACUGGUCAACUCGAUACGCACCGAGAGUCGACAGUUACAAGAGAUUGUACGAGAAAACCGAAUAUUAAGAGCAAUGGUUGCUGAGCACCAGACUGCGCUCGAGAUGAUCAUGAGCAAAUAUAGGUCACAGGUUUCGCAUCUUGUUGCCCAAACUAGUGCAGACCAGCUUGUUAACAACCUCACAGCGAAGACAAUUGAAGAGAAAAAUGCGUUGAUUAUUCAACAGGAAGAACGUAUCAAAGAAAUGAUGGCUGUAAUGAGUCUUGCCUCUCGUUUAGAAGCUGAAGAAGCUAGUAAAAAGGAAGAAACUAUUGGCAGGUUACAAACUGAAAACCAAACACUUAGAAAACUAUUGAAAAUAUCCAGUGAUCUGUCAACAGAAAAAGAACCAGACACGAUAUUGGCAACUACGUAAACUUAAAACAUUACCAUUGAUAGCUAUAUCAAAGUACUCUUAAAAUAUUUAGUUAAAAUGCCAUUAUUAAUUGUGUCAUUAUAAUAAUUAAGGAAAUACAAACAAAUCAUGAACACAA